CCGAGGCCACAGAGAAGAUGCAGAUUCUCUAAAUCAAGGCAAUUUUAAGGAAUUAUGUGGACUUUUAUCAAAUUAUCAGCCAGAUUUCAAAAACAAAUUUGAUGAAGCAACAAAUUAUACGAGCUGGUCUAUUCAAGAUCAAUUAAUUAAAUUGUGUGCAGAAGAUAUAAGAGAAACUAUUGUCAAAGAAAUUGAUAAGAUUGGUUUUUUUGCUUUAAUGUGUGACGAAGCUAGAUGUUAUAGAGAAGAGCAAUUGUCAAUUUGUGUAAGAUAUACCAUUGACUUGGAUGUAUAUGAAAGAUUCUUAUGCUUUGUUGAUGUUUCAAAAGGACAAACUUCCAACAAUAUCGUUACUGCACUGUUUGAAUGUUUUGAAAAACAAAAACUGACUAUGUCCAAAAUCAAAAUAAUUGCACAAUCAUAUGAUGGUGCUAGUGUUAUGUCCGGACACUUACGCGGUGUUCAAUCAAGAAUUAAAGAACACUAUCCAUACGCUGUAUACACUCACUGUAUGGCACACCGCCUUAAUUUAGUAGUUGUAGAUACAUGUAAGACAAUAAAGGUAAUAUAAAAACAGAUCAAAUUUAUAGAUUUGUAGAUAUUCAUUUCAUAUGUGUUAUUAUAUUUUUCAGAGUGCAAAACAUGUUUUUAAUGUGCUUGAA